AUGUCAUUAGCAAAUGCAUCUAUAAAAAUAGAUUCUAAUAGUAAAGGUCAUAGGUUAGAUUUCAUGUUCAUUAUUGAUUUUCAUGGAUAUAAUAAAUUUGAAAUUAUAUUUGGUUUUUUUAAAUCACCUAGCAAAGUCAAUUUACAAUUGGUAAACGUUGACUUAGUUGAUUUAGAAAUUCUCAUAAAAGACUUACUUGAUGAUAUCUAUAAUAAAAGAGUUGAAUUAAAAAUUGUCAUCUUUGAAAUUCACUCAUUUG